AUGGCGUCCAUCAAGCAACAGCGAGCACGCCGCCAGACCGCACCAUCUGGUCCUCCGCGGAAGCCAACCGCCAAUGAAACCCGGCCGAGCCUCGAACCACCAGUGGAACAUCCAGAUACGCUUCAGUCCAGCAUUCCUAAAUGCGGCAAUGAGCUCGAAUUAUCCGAGUGGCUCAAUAGCAUGAAGGAUGACCUGAUUGAGGAAAGCUAUGACCAAUACCAAAACUGCUUGGAUGAUCUGCGACAAUCACGCGAGCACAUCGAUGACAUCUUGACGAACACCUUGACCCUCCUCGACUCUCUUUCACAUCUGGCCAAAGAGUUCAAUUCCGUCGAGUCGCAAACAUCCAAUUUCGAGAAACAAUGCGAGGGUCUCCUGGCUGCCCAGGAGCGGGAUACGAAGCUUGCAAAUGGUAUUCAGACAAAUCUGCACUAUUAUGAGUUCUUAGAUCCUGCCUCACGGCGGCUCAAUGCCCCUGGUGCCGGAAAUACGGUGCGCGACGAGGAAUUCUCGGACAUGCUUCGCCGCCUCGACGUUUGUUUGGACUACAUGGAAACGCACCCCGAGCAAAAGGAGGCGGAGGUUUAUCGGUCCAGAUACCGGUUGCUAUUAACCCGCGCUCUCACGCUUAUCCGAGGCAAUUUCGUAUCGUCCCUUCGGGAGAUCUACCAAAGUGUUUCGAAAAAGAUAUCAGAUCAAUCACUGAACGACACAGCUUUGUCAGCCCUUCUCUAUGCCAAGUUCAGAGUUGGCGCCCCAGAGCUGAAACAAAUCGGAGUGGAAAUCCAAAAGAGAGCCGUCCCACCGUUGAAUCCAGACCAGAACAACGAAGCAGAAUACCAGAGCUUGAUGAACGAAUUGCACAGCAAUUAUGCCGCGACUCGCGUGCGACUCAUUGUACCGCUAGCUCGCAAGAAACUCAACGAAAUCACGCAAACACCCAGUUCAUCAAAGGAUCUAGUCGCAUUUGCUCGAGCGAGUAUCAGCUACAUCCGUGGGCUGUGCUUGGACGAAUGUGACUUGUGGGGUGAAUGGUUCCAUGGCCAAGUAGGGUUAUACGAUUUCCUCGAGACCAUUUGCGAGCCACUCUACGAUCAUCUCCGCCCUCGAAUCAUCCACGAGACCGAUAUUCGCAAUCUCUGUCAACUCUGCACACUCCUACAGACACGUUACUUCCUGGACCCCGAAGAAGAACCCGAGCAGACCGAUGCGAACCAACUCGACUUUUCCAUUCUGAUCCAGCCUGCUUUGCAAGAUGUUCAGACCCGGCUGGUCUUCCGCGCCCAGGCGGUGCUUCGUGACGAAAUCGAAAGAUAUAAACCCCGCCCAGAUGACGUUGACUAUCCCAUGCACAGCAAACAAGUAUCACUGACUGUGACGGAUACUCAAAUCUCUGGGAAGAAAGACACCUCCGCGGAAACGAUGAUUGAAAUGACCAAGACUGCCCAAGGGGGCGAUGAAACCACUGCUGCAUCAGAGCAGGAUGGCAAAUGGGACUUUGAGACUCAGACUGCACUUAAGGGAUGGUAUCCGACAUUGCGAAAGGCGAUCUGGCUUCUCAGUCGGAUCUACCGUCUUGUAAAUUCCACUGUCUUUGAUGACCUUGCCCACCAAAUCGUCCAUCAGACCACCCUGUCUCUUCAUAACGCCAGCACUAUAAUAUCCGGCAAAUCUACUUCUGCAGAUGGCCAACUUUUCCUAAUGAGCCAUCUUCUCAUCCUGAAGCAGCAGAUCGUUGCCUUUGACAUCGAAUAUGUGGCGCCUGAAGUUUCAUUUGAUUUCUCAGGUGUGACAAGCACAUUCUGGGAACUCCGUGAGCGAGGGGGUCUCUUCAACCCGCGCAACCUGAUGCGCCUUGUUGGUCACGGACUUCUUCCACGCGUGGUAGAAAACAUGCUUGACGCCAAAGUCGAACUAGACGGCCGUCUCAGAACCGUCAUCAACGACUUUAUCAAUGCUUUCGCCUCUCGCAUGACAGCUUCGCUUCCCACGAAGUUUAUCGAUACCCGUAACCUACAGUACGGGGAACUCGUUCAUCCCUCCUGUCGCACUAUCGAGAAGGAAGUACCUGCGCUACGCAAGAUCCUCAAUGAGUACAUUGACGACACACGAAUGAAGGAAACUCUCGUUGGUGCAGUACAAGAUCGCACAAUCCAGAUAUACGAGGACUUCUUCGAUAAAUACACCUCAUCCGAGAAAGGAAAGGGCAAUGCCAUCAAUAAACUUGGCAAGGGUCGGGAUGAUGCUGUUUGGGAUGUGGAAACCUUUGCCGUGUGGUGCGAGGGUAUUUUCCGAGUCGGCGUCGCGGGUCUGCGAUCUGAGCAGGUAGACGACCUCGCCGAGGAUGACGACGAUCUACUGAGCGACCGCUCCUAG